AUGUCAAGUCUGAAUGCCCAAAUCUCGGAGCACUUCCCUGUACGCCUUCACUACCCCAACACGCCCAUCACCUCGCCCAUCCGACUCCCCAGCCUCGAGGAGUUUGACCAGGGAGUCGAGGCCCUGGCCAGGUCAUACAGCCCUCCACCUUCAUGGACAGCACCUUCGCAGUCGACGGCGACACUGCCCAGCAUCAGCCAGGCCGUCUACGACCAGAAGCCUCUCCCUACUCUGCUUCAGCACCACCACCACCACCACCAAAACCACCAUCAUGCCUACUCUCGGCAGCAGCAGCAGCAGCAGCAGCAGCAGCAGCAUCCUCUGGCCGGAUCGCCCCAGAACCACCACGGCUAUCACUCCGGCUACUCCCCCAUGGGAGACGGAUACCCCUCCCCCCCGCCCGACCUGGAGAACCGCCACUGCAACAAGAAGUACACGACCGAGGAGGGCGACUUCAUCAUCUACGCCUGGCACGACAAGAAGCAGAAGUGGCAGAGCAUCCAGAAAGACUUUGCCCGCCUGUUCGGCACCACGCCCGAGCGCACCAUCCAGGGUCUCCAGGCCUGGUACUACCGCAUGAACCAGCGCAUUCCCGUCUGGGACCGCGACGGCCACCUCAUCUUUGACGACGAGGACGACAUCGAGCCCCGCUACAUCAGCAUCAAGUGCCGCGAGCGCGACGCCGUUCACAAGUCCGAGCCCCUGGGCCUUGCCCAGCGGUACCCCGAGAGGGCCAUCCACUAUCACUGGGUUGAUCCUGAAAUCAAGCGUCAGUCGCGCGACUGGGCCGCCAAGAGGACUCAGCAGUACCAGGAUCGCAAGGAGAGGAGGAAGCGCAAGGAGCAGAGGAGGUCUCGUCUUUGA